CGUUGACAUUAAGGUGGAAAGUAACAGUAACUGGACGUCGCAGUAGAGGAAAAUGAGCGAGAGAACAGGUCGUAGUUUCCACGUUGUUGUGCUGGUAGUGCGUUAAUAUUGUGCUGUGUGUUGUAUACGCGAGGCGAAGCAACAGAAUAGAGCAUCACGAUCACAUGUUGGAGCCAGCUCUUACACUGGGAACAAGAGUGAGUAUGUUGAGAAGCAUGACGAUGACGAACAGGACGAACUACAGGAACACACUCAGAAGUUUUGAGAGCAUUCAAGGACAACAUUCGUUACACUAUUGGGAAUCUUCCUUUAUUUGUUGA